CGCAGGUCAGAGUUGAGCGUGGCCGUUGUAUAAAUCAGCAUUGCGGAUGUUUGAAGAGUUUUACAAUAAUUUACAAAUCAUUUAAAGAUCGAAAUUAUGCUCCUCCCAGCACUCAAGCUUAUCGCGUCUUGUCACACCGCUGGCAGAACCUUUCAACAGAUCAAACGAACCCCUUUGAGACAAUGGCUGCUGAAGAGAGGACAGACAACAGUGGCUGCGCAAGGUGGAAGUGCAACAGUGACUGUAUCAACCCCAAACGCAGUGACAGAUCGAUUGGUUGGCCGCUGGCUGGUGGGCUGCAGUGGGCUGGUUCUGGGUGCUGUGAUUCUGGGAGGUGUUACGAGGUUGACAGAGUCUGGCUUAUCCAUGGUCGACUGGCAUUUAGUGAAGGAGAUGAAGCCGCCACGAAGUCAAGCGGAGUGGGAAGCAGAGUUCUCAAAAUACAAACAGUUCCCAGAGUUCAAAAUAAUGAAUCAUGACAUGACUCUUACUGAGUUUAAGUUCAUCUUCUACAUGGAGUGGGGUCACCGUAUGUGGGGUCGGCUCGUUGGAUUAGCUUACAUACUUCCUACAGUAUAUUUCUGGAGGAGAGGGUACUUCAACCGCUCAAUGAAGGCUCGUGUUGUGGGCCUGUGUGGUUUCGUCUUCUUCCAGGGUCUUCUGGGGUGGUACAUGGUGAAGAGUGGUUUGGAGGAAAAGUCGGAGUCAUACGACAUUCCUCGUGUCAGUCAGUACAGACUUGCCGCUCACCUGGGCUCCGCUCUGCUGCUGUACUGCGCUAGUCUCUGGACUGGACUCACCCUCAUGCUGCCUGCUAACAAGUUUCCUGACAGCAGACGUGUGCUGCAGCUCAGACGGUUCGCUAAGGGUACUGGAGGCCUGGUCUUUCUCACAGCUCUCUCAGGUGCAUUUGUUGCUGGACUGGAUGCAGGUCUGGUGUAUAACUCCUUCCCGAAGAUGGGUGAGCGCUGGAUCCCAGAUGAUCUUUUAGCUUUCUCUCCAGCCUUCAAGAAUGUGUUUGAAAAUCCCACAACUGUUCAGUUUGACCAUCGUAUACUGGGCGUCUGCUCAGUGACUGCCAUCACAGGACUCUACUUCUUCUCCAGAAGGAUGCACUUACCCCCGAGGACAAAGACCGCAAUCGGCUGUCUCACUGCCAUGGCCUAUACACAAGUGGCUCUAGGGAUCAGCACCCUGCUGCUCUAUGUUCCCACUCCGCUGGCAGCAAAACACCAGUCUGGAUCUGUGGCGCUGCUCACCUUCGCCAUCUGGGUCUUGGCUGAGCUGCGAAAGGUGGUCAAGUAGACUGAGCUCAGCUUUCUCCAAAGGAGUUUGAAGAGAUUGUAAUUUAAAAUGAAUUAAGCUGUGGACUGCCGUGAGUCUUCCUUACCUCAUGACACCACAGCAUGUUUAGUAUGGAUGGGUUUAGAUAAUAGACCUUGCACACUGUGUGUUGAUGUGUUGUUUUGUUUUUCAGCCUGUCAAUAUAAUUUAUAAAAGGAAAGGUUUGUAAAGUGUGACGGCUUAUUUAAACUAAUACAAAUAAUAAUCUGCUUUGCAGUGUUUUUUAUGAGGACAUUUAUCUAGAGUGCACUGAUCCAAAUAAAUUGCACAUAGAAUACUUGUUCUUUUUUGUCAUUUCAUGGUAUAACUAAGAAAUAAGAUGAUAUGUGAUCUGAAUCUGAAACACAAGAAUUGUACUUUUGUAGGGCAUUGCUUUAUUUAAAUAAGUGUCUUGAAGAAUAUGACCAUUAUCAUAAUGAAACGCUAUGUUUUUUUUUUUUAUCACUUGGUAAUCACACGUGUGCUAUUAUGCUUUCAUUAGGUGUAGAAAUGUUUCCUUUUUACACAAUCAUUGUUUCCAAACAUAUAAUUGUGCUAUAAUGAGAACAUUUGGUUUAACUAUCAAAACACAACAGAAUGAUUUUAUUUCAUUACAUGGAGUGCUGGCCACCAGUAGUGGGAUAAAGCACAUACAGCAGGUAUAAAACGUCUACACACCCCUGUUAAAAUGCCAGUUUCUUGUGAUGU